UAAAUGUAUGUGAAGUUCUCGUUUUUUGUUAGUACAACGAAGUAGUAUACAUGAUAUAGUGGCGUGGUAGUCGUAACAUAAUAAUAUGUGUAAGCUGUGUAAAAGCCUAUCAAAAAUAUCCAAGAAACCCAUGAAAAAACCACGUAAUUGAAUAUAAUCGGGACACUCUCCCGAGUAUGAAUAUAUGCUCCUUAUGGUUUCUCCUAGUAUUUAUAGGCUGUAUCUUCAAAAAAUGGGUAAUUAGUGCUCAAUCUUUCAAACGUGGUCAAAAUAUCGGCACCGUUUUGUUCGAGAAAAAUGAUUACCAGAAGCAAUGUUGGACCAACGAGGAAUUCACCGUUCUCAGUAGCCGAAGAAUAUUUCAAGAUAUUUUGCCUCAAAUGAGAGUUAUCGAUUCCGAGAACGAUCAGUACAUAGCGCAUUUAAUGGACUAUUUUUAUAUAUGUCUUGAAAGCGUACGACGACUGUCGGUGGGCAAAACGAAGCAUCUGAUACUGAAAGCUCUAGCGGACACUCUAGGCGGUUAUUUGCGUGUGUAUAUUUUGCCUCUCACGAAGCACUCGUAUUACGUAGGAAAUAUCAAAUAUCGCAACGCAAAAAUGCUGCACGAUCUCUUCGACGAGCUGAAAGUCUUUCUUCGGACGAACGGCAUUGGGUGGUCAAAGCCCAGCCGGGACAUCGAGAACGUCAAGAUUAUUCCCAUUGUAAUCACACCGCCGAAAACGUCGGUAGCCUGUAACGGGCUUAUUACGUACUCGGCGCCUCACGAACGCAAUGACAGUGAUUAUCGAAGCUUUGAAUUUAGAAAAAGGAAAGGAUCCACGGUGAAGCGUAGACAUUUGAGACAAACGGUUAACGAAUACAACAGCGAAGUUGCAACGCGUAAAAUUAUAGUACCUCUCCCGUUCCUCGAUAAUGAAGCGGAGCCUAACAGCAUCGCAUUGCCCUUCAAAACCGACAGCCUGCAAUCGCUGUAUUCGGAAAAGUCGGCUUUUGUGAUUGUCAAGUAUUACAUCGCCAGCGUCAAGUGCAUCGCUUCGCGAUCAAACGCGCACUUGGAAACCUUCAACAAAGACUUUCACAAUUGGUUGCAACAAUCGGUGCGUCGACGUCUGGAUGACGAAAAAUGGUAUCCAGCAUUCGGGGGUGUUCUCAGAGUGCUGGCUACUUCGCGAGAAUUAGGUGCAAACAAGGGUAUUGCUAAGAGCAAGAUAGGUGGGAAUUAUCAAGUUAUGCCUAUAGUAGAGCGCAAUAGUCAGACAAACGGAAAGUUUUACAAAGAAAAGGGAGAAAGCGAUAACACAAUGAGGCUCGGAACCACGGAGAUUAUAAUUAUUGCGAUAGUUUCCGCACUGAUGAUAUGGCUGCUGGUAGGUUUGAGCUUGGUGUGCCAUAGAUUCCUCGUUAGGCGUUCCACCGAGGGCUGUCCACCGUGCGACGCGAAGGCUGCUCCAUUUGUAGUUCUGUACGAGAACGAUGACUAUUGUCAGCCAGAUACGUGCCCCUCGAAGUCAUCGCCAAAGAAUGUGGGUACGAAAAUCAAAGACUGGUGGAGAAACAGAUUUGGACGAUGUCCAGGAGGAUGCCAGGAACACGGAGACGAAGAGCGUUGCUUGGCCGCGAUUAGUUACAGCAGCAGAGACACCGCUGUCAACAAUAACAAGACUUAUCCAAAAAAGAAAUUCACAAAGUCCACUUCCGCUUUGCCAUCGGGAAUCAUGUCCAGAAAUCGUACAUCGUUCAAACAUAGUGUUUGCUACAGUUCCGAAGGAUCUACGACUACGUCUUCCGACAGUUCUCCGGUUCAAGUCAAAAAACAACAGUCAAGGAAUAAUAAACAAUGAUCCAAAGAUGAUUAAAAAUGUGAAUGCAAACAAUGGAUACAUGUGGAAAGAUUUUUUAUUUUAAGA